AUGUCCCUGUUUAAGGCUCGGGAGUGGUGGUCGGCUGUGCUGGGCGGCGGGGAGGAGUUUGAUCAGGGCUGCCUUUGCGUCGGAGAUGUGGACAACAGCGGAAGUGGUUACGAUAAGGUGGUGGUGGGCAGCUACAUGGGCAUGCUGCGGAUCUUUGCCCCCCACGCCCCCAGGCCGGCCGAGCAGAGCGGAGUGGAUGCCCAGCUCCUCGAGGUCCAACUGCGAGACCCCAUCAUACAGGUGGAAGUGGGCAAGUUUGUCUCGUGCUCAGAGCUGCUUCAUUUGGCAGUGUUGCAUCCCAGAAAACUGUCCAUCUACGCCGUCUCAGGCACUGCUGGAAACGUGGAACACGGAGAUCAAUACCAGCUCCGACUGGUUUACGAGCACAACCUGCAGAGGACGGCCUGCAACAUGACCUACGGCCCCUUCGGAGGGGUCACCGGACAUCAUUUCAUCUGUAUCCAGUCCAUGGACGGAAUGCUGAUGUUCUUCGAACAGGAGAGUUAUGCAUUCGGGCGUUUCCUGCCUGGAUUUUUACUCCCAGGGCCCCUGUGUUACUGCCCCCGGACCGACGCCUUCAUCACGGUCUCCUCCUCCCGCCAGGUGGAGUGCUACAGGUACGAGACCCUGGCGGUCGCCACGGACGCAGAUACCAGACAGAACCCGGAACAGCAAAGCAAAGGCUCUGGAAAGAGGCUUACGGCUGAAUGGACGCUAGUGUUAGGAGAGCAGGCGCUGGAUAUCUGCGUCCCCUCUGUCUCUCCCUCAGCCUCCUCCAUCUUUGUGCUCGGGGAAAGGAACCUGUUCUGCCUCCGGGACAACGGCCAAAUCCGCUUCAUGAAGAAACUCGAGUACAACCCCAGCUGCUUCCUUCCCUACGCCUCAGUUUCCGAAGGUACAACCAACGUCCUGCUGGCCAACCAUAACAACAUGCUGCUGGUGUAUCAGGACACGACGCUGAAGUGGGCGGCUCAGCUGGCCGGCGUGCCCGUGUCCGUGCGCAUCGCAAGUUUCCCGGAACUCAAGGGCUUGGUGGUGACCCUGAGCUCUGAAGGUCAUCUGCAGUGCUCUUAUAUGGGCACGGAUCCCUCAUUCCUCACCGCGCCCAAGGUUGAUUCCCGGGAGGUCAACUACGACGAAGUGGACGCCGAGAUGAAGGCUCUUCAGAAGGUCAUCCGUGAAGCCACCAGGAGCCAAGACAUCAUCCCCAAAGCUGAAGCAGAGGACGACCUGACGGUGACGGCUGUUGUCUCCACCAACCUGGAUGAUGUCUCGCAAGCCCUUAUCCCGGAGAUUAACGGCAUUGCUGUCCCUUCUGUUACAGUCAAGAUUAAAGUGAGCAGCCGCUUUCCCGCCCAGAGUGCGAAGAUAAGUGUGUGUGUGCAGCCACCUCUGGCUGUCACUCAGGACCAGUUCAUUUUAGACUCCUUAGGGAGCGGCUCUCAGGUGGUCCUGGGUUUCUCAGCUUUCCUGAACGGCCACUACACGCCAGCUGACCUGACCGGAGACGUAGCCGUGUCCUACAGUUCACCUACAGAGCUGAACCCUGCAGGAGUUCCACGAGUCACCCAGUGCAAGUUUGCGCUGCCGCUCUGCCUGGUUUGCUGCCCUAGCACAGCCUCCAAGAAUGCAAAAUACAAGAUCACUGUGGACACCAACAAACCGCCCAUCAACCUCAGUCAAGCCUUCCCAGAAUUUUCAGGGAAGGCUGAGGAUAAGGAAGGUAACGCCCUGGCCUUCCAGUUUAUCGCUGGCUCUCGGGUCACCGUCCUGGCCUCCAAAACAUCCCAGCGAUACAGGAUCCAGAGCGAAAGCUUUGAGGAUAUAUGGCUGGUGGCCAAAGAAUUGGUUCAACGUUUCGAGCGGCAUUUCGGCAACCUCGGAGUCAAGGAUUUCCGCAACAGCUUCCCAGGCCCGAUCCCACUAGUGGAAUACUUUGAGACCGUGGACCACCACUUUGAGCUCCGAGUGAAUGCACAGAAGUACCAGGACCUGCUUUCAGAACGAGCCGUCCAGUUCAGAGCCAUCCAACGGCGACUGCUCACACGCAUCAAAGACAAGACUCCAGCCCCGUUACAGAAUCUUGACACACUUAUGGAGGGCACUUAUCGUCAGGUGAUGGCGUUGGCGGACGCAGCGGAGGAGAAUCGCGCGUGUCUGGUGCAAGCCUUCUCCAGGUUACGCAGCGCCACACACCUUCUCAUCCUCCUGGUCUCUCUUUGGCAGGGACUCGGCAGCGAUCAAACCGCUAUACUGGAGGCCACGCUGCUGCCACUGCUGCAGGAUACACCACAACUGGGCUGGGAGGAGAGCGUGGACGCAGCUGUGUCUCAUCUCUUGAGAACGUGUCUGUCGAGAAGUCCUAAGGACCAAGCAAUUAGCCUGAGCACGUCCCAGCUGAGCAUGCCCAAAGAUACCUCACGCCUCAAGAAACAUAUCACGCUGCUGUGCGAUCGCAUCGGUAAAGGAGGACGGCUGUCGCUUUCCUCUGAAGCCAAUGCUCCGACACCUGUUAUGAUGCCAGCGUGCUGCGAGGGCGUCCCCGAGCCGAUCGCGGAGGAGGAAGAAGAUCCAGCCUUGCAGCUGGAAGCCACUGAGAAGAUCAUUAAGAAGAAGCAGCCCUCGAAGAAAGUUAAAAGCAAAACAGGUUCCUCCAAUGAAAAAAAAGGGAAGAAUUCAGAAAAGGAGUUAAAAGAGAUCAAGAGGGACUCAACCAAGGAGAAGGAGUCGAAAAAGGAGUCGAGGAAGGAGGACGACUCUGCGCUCGAGUUCGAGAAGGAGAAAGUAAAGGUUUCCAAAAAACCCUCAGUCAAGGCCAAAGAGAAGAAGAAAGAAGCAGGGGACGGCUGACCAGAUGCAAUACACACACACACACACACACACACACACACACACACCAUCGCUUUGGGUGGCUUUUCCCAUCCCCUGCGCUGAAACCUCAUAUAGGCAUCAUGUAAGUACAGGCUGAGUGUCAGUGUCGCUGUUUGUUAGCGCUUGUUUGUCCUGCGCGACCACAGAGCAUCUGUCUUCUGUUCCAUCGUCAGUGUGUUACACCGUGGAGCUUCCUCUCCAUCAGGGAAACAGGAGCAAGUGGGGAACUUUCUGCUCAGUUUAUUUUAGAGGCAGCGAUCAGGGAAUGCAGGCCGAAACCCACAGUGCUAACCAAGCCACCCACGCAGGGCCAGCGUGACGUCUGAGUCUAACCCCUCUCUCUCUCUCCCUCUCUCUCCCUCUCCCUCUCUCUCUCUCUCUCUCUCUCGCCCCCUCAUGGGCAACACGCCCUACCAAGCCAACUCCCCAUCUCUAAAAAUAACCCGAGUCGAGCCACAGACGGGUCCACUGAGGCCGUCUCUCCCUCUCUAUGUCUCUCUGUCUGUGCCACUACCUACUAUACCAGCUCCCAACAUACACACACGUUCCCUCCUUCACAUCUCUCUCUCUCUCUCACUCUUACACACACUUGCAGCAGCUGUGUGUUUCUCAGCCCAGACUGCAGACAUCGUAGUCAGCAUAUUUGCUGCAUCUUUGUGGGUGUAGUUAUUGUAAGAAACACUAAAUGCAGGCACUAAAACUCACACUCCGUCCCUUUAACGUCAGCUUAUUUUAUUAGACAUAUCAGUCCUACUGCUUUAACCAUUUCCCUGACGUCUGAUGUCUGAUGUGGGCAAGUGCAUAGCCAUAGCCGUAUAAAGCAUCAGGAUAUGCACGUAAAGAGGUCGCGUCUAGUUAAUAACCGUUACAGCAAGGCGUUUUCUCUUUAGACACGAGCUUGCACAGUAUUCUGUAACGAUAUCUGAAUUAUUAUUCAGUAUAUAUACAUAUAUUACUGCAUAUUACAAACUAUUCUGUUAAAAAAGAAAACACUUUGGAGAAUCUUUGUCAUGAGUUUAGUUACAGACGUGUAAAUUAGUGCCAGAGCCAUUUUAGAGCGCGACCAAGAAUAAAAAUAAAGCUUUUCAAAGUUUAA